CCCCAGCGCGUUGACUGUGCGUAUACAGUAACGACAUGUAUAGACUUGAUUUACCUUUAUAUUUUUAUUCAAAUAACGCAUGAGUAAGCAUCUUACAAUAAACUAGGAUACAUACCUAGAUAUAUAAACACACUCGCAAUGAAACGACGAGCGUCCAGAACCGUGGCACACCCACCUAGCAAGUUAUUUAGAGAAGACACCGUUACCAGCCUCAAUAAAGCAUUAAGUAAUGCUUCAAAGGUAAAAUCUGACCCAAGACCCCCAGUUCCUUCAAAAUGGCCUUCAUUGAGGAGACGCUCGACUGGUGUUAAAGAGGUCACUAAAACAGACACUAUCACUCCUGAGCUACGCAGGGCAUCGACUUUAACUUUGGAACACCCAGAAGACAUACCAGCAUCUUCAUCCACCGGUUUAAGAAAAGCUACCUCCAUAUUAGAGACAGACGAUAUCAUGACAACAGUGACCCAACUACCAUCUGGCUCGACCAUCACAAAGACAUACAGCAUCGAAAAUGCUUCAAAUUCGGUUCGAAAAGAAUUGUCGAAAACUCUCUCAAAAUCGAAGACCCAUUUAUUAAAGCCAAGCAACACAUCCUCAGCACCAGUACCCUUUUUGCCACCAGGAGGCCUUUUUGAAAUAGUAUUUUCAUUUGACACUACCUCUUCCAUGUAUUGUUGUUUAACACAAAUUAGAGAUAGGGUUCAGGAUAUGAUUCAAAGACUACAAGCUGACAUUCCCGGUAUCAGGAUAGCAGUUGCAGCUCAUGGUGAUUACUGUGAUAAAAAAAGUAAAUAUGUUCUACAGCUUAUUGACUUUGGAGCAACUGUUCCAGAACUCUGUGAUUUUGUUAGACAAAUUGAAGGUACAUUUGGUGGCGAUCUAGAUGAAUGCUAUGAGUUGGUUAUGCAGAGAGUAAGAACGGGGCUAUCUUGGACGCCCAAUAGUCAACGGGCUUUAGUGAUGAUUGGUGAUGCUGAUCCACACGAAAAAGACUAUGUAUUUGAAGGCUUCUGUCCCAAUAUAGACUGGAGGGAAGAGCUACAACAUUUGAAAGAAAUGGGUGUUAGAAUAUAUGGUGUAAAGGCCAAUGGUGAAACUUGCCCUGCAGAUGGAUUCUGGAAAGUGAUAUCUAAGGAAACAAAUGGUCUAUAUUUACAAAUGGAAAAAUUCGACAUGAUAUUUGAGACCCUGAUGGCUAUAUGUUACCGUGAGGGUAAUACUGAUAUUUUACAGGAUUACCUCAAAGAGGUUGAAGCUGAGAAUGGCUCCAAAAUGAAGACCAUAUUUGGCACACUACGCAAAGCUGGUGAUCCCACAGGGAGUAGCUGUUCUGAGCCAUUUACCUUCAAAGCGUCUGGGGUGUCAGCAAAAAAGUUCAAGCCCAUUGCUAAGGUUGGCCUGAAGGAAACAACAAAAGCGUCCAAUAAAAAGGUUUCGACAAAAAAGAUGCCAACUGGUGCGUCUAAGAAACCAAAGACAAAAACGAAAAAGGUCGCAAUGAAUAGGGGAGUGGAGAUACCAAAAACAGUUAUAACGAAAGGGCCGUCGAGAAAAGCCGCGAAGAAGAAAAUUAAAGUUGGCAAGGAAGAAACGUUAAAGAAGAAAAGUGUAGUGAAUAAGAAAAAAGCACCAAGAAAGAAAACUAAAGUAGACAAGAAAAAGACGCCUGCUAAAAGGAAUAAAAAGAACACAACAGCCCUACAAGUAAAUGCAAUAAAAUCAAAAAGUUCUAAGACAAAAAGUUCUGAAGUUGAACAAAGUAAUCCAAAGAAAAAGACAACAAGAAAAUACUUAAAGAAAUACAGGGAAAAUACACAACUUCGUAUGUCCUACUAUCAAAGAACUCCUUUAGCACCCCUAGAAUGUUCCGGGUGGGAACUUGGAAUUGCUCCAGAGAAGGUGAAAAAUCAAUCUACCUGGAAACCACGACCAAAUGGACCAGGGAUGAGACGAGUAUCAUUAUUUAAAAAGCACACCGAUCUAAAAUCGAUAUUUGAAUUCGCUGUAACAAUACCGGGCAGGGUUAAAAAAUACGGCGUUUAUUACAAAAUAUGUCAGGGUUAUAAAACGAAUUCUAGCUGGGAUGUGUAUCACCUCAGCCAACCGUCGAUACUGAAAGAAAUCAACGACAUCGUUUCCAGAGGUGGUAGUAUAUAUGUCCGACGUUUUUUGUUUACAGACAAAGCUUACGAAAAUAUGAAGAAACUUUCCUUGACGGAAGAAACAAUAAUGAGUUAUCUUCCAAAUAAUUAUAAUUACCCAUGGAGAAGACAUUUAUUUGAGAAAAACACGCGUCACCGAAAAGUUACAAGACAUGGAUUUGCCAUUUCGCAUAUUGAUUAUUGAUUAAAGACGUUUUUCUGCCUUCAAAUAUUAUAUGAAUUAUAAUUUAGACAUUUAUUCACAUGGCAAGUGCAUAAUCAACUCGUUAGACCAGUGGAUGACUUAGGUGUUGAGUGGAUUAGACAAUAUUUGUGUUUAAUGCUAAUAUGGCGAAGACUGCUUUAAACGGACUGGCAAUCGAGACUUUAUUAUAAUGGUAAUCGAGAAUUUGAAUAUUUCUUGCCGAAACUUAAAACAUCCAUAACGUUGCUCAAAAUAGAAUCUGAAGCUUUCAAUAUUUUAAUUUUUCAUUAUCUGUCGUUAAACUAUCGUUGAAUUUUCGGGAAUAUUUAGUAUUGGGUAAUAUUUAGUCUCUAUUAAUUUCCCCAAAAUAGUUUCAGAGUUAUAUCCUCGGAAUCAUAUGGUAGUUAAUAAACUUAUCUCAAAAUCA